AGCCCAGGAUCCCCACCUCAGUUCUCAGCUUCUUCCCAGGAAGAAGAGAGAAAGGCCAGCAAGGUCCCAGCCUGUCUGGGAGUGUCAGAUUUCAAACUCAGCAUUAGCCACUCAGUGCUGUGCAAUGCUAGGGACCUGCCUUAGACUCCUGGUGGGCGUGCUGUGCACUGUCUGCAGCUUGGGCACUGCUAGAGCCUAUCCGGACACUUCCCCAUUGCUUGGCUCCAACUGGGGAAGCCUGACCCACCUGUACACGGCUACAGCCAGGACCAGCUAUCACCUACAGAUCCAUAGGGAUGGUCAUGUAGAUGGCACCCCCCAUCAGACCAUCUACAGUGCCCUGAUGAUUACAUCAGAGGACGCUGGCUCUGUGGUGAUAACAGGAGCCAUGACUCGAAGGUUCCUUUGUAUGGAUCUCCACGGCAACAUUUUUGGAUCGCUUCACUUCAGCCCAGAGAAUUGCAGGUUCCGCCAGCGGACGCUGGAGAAUGGUUAUGACGUCUACUUGUCGCAGAAGCAUCACUACCUGGUGAGCCUGGGCCGCGCCAAGCGCAUCUUCCAGCCGGGCACCAACCCGCCGCCCUUCUCCCAAUUCCUGGCGCGCAGGAACGAGGUCCCGCUGCUGCACUUCUACACUGUUCGCCCACGGCGCCACACGCGCAGCGCCGAGGACCCACCCGAGCGCGACCCACUGAACGUGCUCAAACCGCGGCCCCGCGCCACGCCUGUGCCUGUAUCCUGCUCUCGCGAGCUGCCGAGCGCAGAGGAAGGUGGCCCCGCAGCCAGCGAUCCUCUGGGGGUGCUGCGCAGAGGCCGUGGAGAUGCUCGCGGGGGCGCGGGAGGCGCGGAUAGGUGUCGCCCCUUUCCCAGGUUCGUCUAGGUUCCCAGUCCAGGCUGCGUCCGCCUCCAUCCUCCAGUCGGUUCAGCCCACGUAGAGGACUAGGGUACCUUGAGGAUGUCUGCUUCUCUCCCUUCCCUAUGGGCCUGAGAGUUACCUGCGAGGUUCCAGCCAGGCACCACUAUUCAGAAUUAAGAGCCAACGGUGGGAGGCUGGAGAGGUGGCGCAGACAGUUCUUAGCACCCACAAAUACCUGUAAUUCUAGCUCCAGGGGAUUCUGUACUCACACACACACAUCCACAUCCAUACACACACAUACAUGUAAUUUUAAAUGUUAACCUGAUUUAAAGACCCCAACAGGUAAACUAGACACGAAGCUCUUUUUAUUUUAUUUUACUAACAGGUAAACCAGACACUUGGCCUUUAUUAGCCGGGUCUCUUGCCUAGCAUUUUAAUCGAUCAGUUAGCACGAGGAAAGAGUUCACACCUUGAACACAGGGAAGAGGCCAUCUCUGCAGCUUCUAGUUACUAUUCUGGGACUCUCGGGUGUUUGAGUUUGAGCACCUUGACCUUAAUGUCUUCACUAGGCAAGUCAAAGAAAGACACUCAUUUCUUCCCUUUGGGAAGAGCUUUGGAUUGGCGGGAGGCUGACAAGGACACCUAAACCGAACACAUUUCAGAGUUCAGCCUCCCUGAGGAAUGAUUCGCCAAUGAUUCUGUGAUAGGACCUGUCCGUAGCUUUUGAAUUUGCCCUGGCUCAGCAAAGUCUAUCUUGCUAGGGUGUUUUGCAAACUGCAAACGCUCAAACUCUCUCUAAAGAGACAUUUUUAGUGAAAGCCUCUGCUAGCAGGUUGACUUGUAAUAUAUUCUAAGCGAAUGUGCCCGGGGGGAGGGGGAGAAGGGUCCUUGAGACCUCGAAUUGUUCUAGGUUAGGGUUUCUGUGAAGAGG